CUUUGCCUCACGCCUCAAGCCAGCCCGUGAUGCUCAGCGACAGUAGAGUAUAGUAGCCGACACACUGGGCAUACGAUUCCCUCACCACAAAACCCCAGGAAAAAAUAAUAUGAACUGUUGCUGCUGCACCCAUUCAGAGCUCAGCUCCAUCGCAUUCAUCUGCACAUGCAUGCUCUCUGAGUUCUUAGCAAGCUGGCCUCUGCAUUCUCAGCAGUGACAGUGAGUGCUGCUCAAAGUUGUGUUGCCAGUUCCUGAAGAAAGGGAGCAAAUCUGGUGAGGUUUUGCUGCAGGGGGAGGAAGAGGCAUUAGCAUCCAGUGCUUGCUUGCUGGGGGGUGAAAACAACUUGUGGUCUACCACUCAGAUCCCUGUGCAGGGUUGGACAUUGUGGCACAGCACAAUUUUUUUUUUCUGGUCACCUGUAGCUAUCCCAAUAACUAUAGAUCUUCCCUGCUCCUGUGAGUUCAGUUAGUUGCUUCCUUCAUUUUUGCUCCCUGCAUCCAGAGCUCAGACAGAAAUCUCUCUCCCAGAUUCUAGACGCAUUUUUGCUAGUGUUCGUUCUUGAUUAAGAAGGCUGAAAGGUUAACAAAUGGAGAAAAAGUUUCCCCAUUUCUGAUCAUUUGGUCAUCAUUUCUGCGCUUGCUGUCUAUCGGAUGCACAGUAGCAAGGUGGCAAUCAUCGAGGAAUCUUCAGAAGGCUGAAGAAAUUUUCGGCAUUUUUUUCUCAAGAAAAAAGAGGAAGAAAUCUUUGUGGCAAGCUAAGCGAGGUCCAGGAAUGGCUAGAGGAAGUUGCAGGCAUCCUCUGCUCAUCUUGCUGCCAUUGCUGCUCGCAAUGGUGCCUGAGUCCACGCAGCUGCAGUCGUCGCAGACAUGGUCGCUGCUCAAGAUCCAGCAGCUGCUCAACUACCCGGCCGUGCUCAGCACAUGGGGCAACCAGACCGACUUCUGCUACGGCGGCGACUACAAGACGGCCUCCGCCUUCGUCGAGUGCUACGGUGACAGCGUCACGCAGCUCCACAUCAUCGGCCCCGGCGGCGCGCCGCCGCUGCCCAAGACCUUCAGCAUCGACGCCUUCUUCACGACGCUGACGAGGCUACCCGACCUCCGGGUGCUCACGCUCACCGGCCUCGGCCUGUGGGGCCCGCUGCCGGGGAAGGUGUCGCGGCUGGCGUCGCUGGAGAUCGUCAACGUCAGCGGCAACUACCUCUACGGCGCGCUCCCGGAGGGCCUGUCCCGGCUCGACAACCUCCAGACCUUCAUCGCCGACGACAACAUGCUCUCCGGCGAGCUCCCCGGCUGGCUCGGCAGGCUGCCGUCGCUGGCCGUGCUCAGCCUCCGCAACAACUCGCUGCAGGGGCCCCUGCCGGAGUCCGUCAGGGACAUGGGCUCGCUGAGGUCGCUGGUGCUCGCGUCCAACAACCUCACCGGCGGCGUGCCGGACCUCAGCGCGCUCAAGAACCUGCAGGUGGUCGACCUCGCCAACAACUCGCUCGGGCCGGCGUUCCCGCGGCUGGGGAGGAAGGUGGCCAGCGUCGUGCUCAGCGGCAACCGCUUCGGCGACGGGCUCCCCGGCGAGCUCGCCUCCUUCUACCUCCUCGAGCACCUCGACGUGUCGAGGAACCGGUUCGUUGGCCCGUUCCCGCCGGCGCUGCUCGCGCUGCCGUCCAUCGAGUACCUCAGCAUCGCCGGGAACCGCUUCACCGGCCUGCUCACCGCCAACAUGUCCUGCGGCGAGAACCUCCGGUUCGUCGACGUGUCGUCCAACCUCCUCACCGGCAGCCUCCCGUCCUGCUUGACCGGAGCCGCCGGCCCGCGCAAGCCCGCAGUCGCCGCGGCGUCCAACUGCCUGUCCGCCGCCGCCGCCGCCGCCGGCUGGCAGCACCCGUCCCUGUUCUGCCAGAACCAGGCGCUGGCCGUGGGCAUCGUGCCCGACCAGGCCCACAGCAAGAAGAGCGGCGCCAAGGCGGGGCUCGUGGCCGGCAUCGUCGCCGCCGCGCUCGCCGGCGCGGUGCUCGUCGGCGUCGCCGUCUUCCUCGCCGUGCGGAAGGUGGCCAUGAGGCGCGCCAAGGCCAGGCCGCCCCGGCGGCUGGUGGAGCACGCCUCCAGCGCGUACCCUUCGCAGUUCUUCGCCGACGCGCGUUACAUAUCGCAGACGGUGAAGCUGGGAGCUCUGGGCAUCCCGGCGUACAGAUCGUUCUCCUUGGUGGAGCUCGAGGCGGCGACCAACAACUUCGAGGUGUCCUGCCUCCUAGGACAGGAUGCUCACGGCCAGAUGUACCGGGGGACGCUGAGCAACGGGACGGCGGUGACGAUCCGGUCGCUGCGGGUGAAGCGGAGCCAGACGUCGCAGAGCUUGAACCGGCACAUCGAGAUGAUCUCCAAGCUGCGGCACCGGCACCUGGUCAGCGCGCUGGGCCACUGCUUCGAGUACAACCUCGACGACGCCACCGUCACGCAGCUCUACCUCGUCUUCGAGUACGUGCAUAACGGAAACCUCAGGAGCAGGAUCUCGCAAGGAACAGAAGGGAGGAAGCUCCCCUGGGCGCAGAGGAUAUCUUCCGCCAUUGGCGUGGCCAAGGGCAUCCAGUUCCUGCACGGAGGGAUCAUGCCCGGCCUCUUCGCCAACAACCUCAAGAUCACCAACAUCCUCCUGGACCAGAACCUCGUCGCCAAGAUCGGCAGCUACAACAUCCCCAUCCUCGCCGAAACCGCAAAAUCGGAGGGAGGAGGAGGAAGCAAGUAUCCAUCUGACAGGGUGCCCAACGGCGACAAGAUGGACAUCUACGACUUCGGCGUGAUCCUGCUGGAGGUGGUGUCGGGGCGUCCGAUCACGUCGAUCCACGAGGUGGAGAUCAUGCGGGAGCAGCUGCAGUCGGCGCUGACGUCGGAGAGCCCGGCGCGGCGGCGGGUGCUGGUGGACCCGUCGGUGGGGCGGGCGUGCUCCGACGAGUCGGCGCGGACGGUGAUGGAGAUCUGCCUGCGGUGCCUGGCCAAGGAGGCGGUGCAGCGGCCGUCCGUGGAGGACGUGCUCUGGAACCUCCAGUUCGCCGCGCAGGUGCAGGACGACUGGCGCGGCGGCGGCGACUCCCGGUCACAGAGCAGCGAGGAGUCGCCGCUGUCGCCGGCGCAGAUCCCCAGGGAAUCCCACACCACGCCGGCCGAUGCUGCCUAGAUGCAGGUUGAAAGGAGAACAAAGAACAUCGGCGCGCGAUCAGGCGAAGCAACGUGGAGGAACAAAGAACAAGUUCGGUUGAUCAGCACGGCUGCGUGGUAGAGAACUGAACAGCGUGAUGUCACAUGUCAGGCUCAAGUGUAUAGCAGAUGCGGCUGAAGCUGGAAAUUCAUACUACGUUUUACUAGUUUAUUUACUACUACCCCAGGAUGUGUACAGAGCCUUCUCGGCCUUUUUUCCCCUGUGCUCUAGGCUUCAACUUUUCCCAUUUCCAUCUUCGCCUUUGGCUACAUGGGUCGUUUGACUUUGUAAUAACCACUGUGGCACUGUGUUUGCUCUGUCCCUUGGUGGGAUCUUUUAGGACCAAGUGUAACGUCUUGUAACUGUAAACUGUAGCCUCUUUGCACUAUGAGCUGGAAGGCAAAACAAGGGAAAUACACUGUGAUCUCAAACA